GGCAAUUGAUGUAUGCUCACGAAUACUGGCAUGGUAGAUGUCUACGCUUACAUUAAGCACCACCACACGUGGGAUGAAAAUCCAAAAAAUCUAUCACACCCGAGGGAUGGAGCCCAGGACGAUUUUGAUUAUAAAAUUUUGUGCGCAUGAGCAAUGACCGAGCGGUCGUAAUAAUAAUCAGUUUGAGAAGCAUGGCUUGCUUCUGCUGAAGGAGUUCCCGCAGAUCUGAAGACUACAAAGAUGCUUCGUUCAGCGAUCAACCGGUUGAUGCCACCACUAGUGAGAAGUUGCACCACGUCAAGCGAAGCCCAAAUUCGCAGGUUUGAAAAAUGUGUGAAUAAAGUAACAUUGGUUGGUCGGGCAGGUCGUGGCGCUGAAGAGAAAGGUUUGGAAUCCGGUAGACCUGUUGUACAAUUUACACUAGCGACUUCUGAUGUCUAUAAAGAUAAUAGGACGGAUCAUGAAGGUGAAUACCGUGAGAAGACACAGUGGCAUAGGAUCAGUGUAUUUUACUCGCCUGCACUCAGAGAAACGGUUUUAAAAUAUGUCAAGAAAGGUUCUCGUUUGUACAUCACUGGUAAGUUGGAAUACAGCGAGUACAUCAACAGAGAUGGAGGCAAAGUCUUUUCUACCAAUAUUGUUGCAGAUGAUGUCAUCUUUCUAUCUACUCGAAGCUCUGAGGAUGACCAAAUUGAAGAUGAUGAUGACGAUGAUGACGAUGAUGAUGAACACUAAAUGUAACAAUCAUUUCCUCAAAAUAUACUGAAUCUAAAAAUGUUAAACAAUAUUUUAUUUAAUCAAGACGAAUAAUCAGUUGACUCGAAGUAUAUAUACAAGGCA